GGCUGUGGGCUCCCUCUGCUGGCCGCCUCUGGAACCUGCAGUCUGGGUUCCAGAGGUGCCUGGGUUCCAGAGGGGCCUGCUGAAGACACUGUUCUCUCCUUGGGCCUUAUCCCUUCUGGAGGGAGACACCAACCCAGUUCUCAACGCCAACCUGCCCCCAGCUCCUUCCCAGCCCCGGGCCACAGGGUAAGAGAGGAUACCUCACCUCCCUGAAGACCCCUCUCAUCAUGCUCAUACUGGGGGUUGGUUAUGACUUGUUUAUGAAAUGUAUCCCUAACAUAUAGAACUAUGUUCCCUGAGGGCAGGGGAGCAGGCCCACCUUGUUUACCAUGGCAUCUCCAGUGCCCAGUACAAGGCCUGGACCAAUCAAUAUUUGUUGAAUGACUGAGUUUACAGGGUGGAGAGGCUUGGGAGGAGGGACAGUGAGGUGUAGGAAGAUUUGGGGCUUUGGGGACAGACAGACAAGCCUGGGCUGAAGUCACCCCUAAGCCACUUAAAAACUGUGUGGCCUUGGGCAAGGUACUUAACCUGCCUAACCUCAAGUUUCUCUUCUGUUAAAUGACACCACCUUGCAAAAUAUGCUAUAAGGACUAGGACUAAUAUCCAAAAGGGCCUUCUUGUGUAAGCAUUUCAUAAAUGACAUCUAUCAUUAUUACAAUUGGUAACAUCUUUCAUCCCUCAAGCAUCAUGAAGGCAUUAAAUCCACUCGAUAAUUAAAUCCAUUAUAAAGGGAGAGACGUGUUCUUCCAAAAGCUUCCCCUAUGAGUUUCAGUUUUCACAUAGCUCGAUAUGCCUGUGGAUGGAUUUAGAUGAUGAGGUUCUGGAGCAACCUUCUGGAUAUUUCAAAGUGGGAAUAAACAGGCACCCUAUUGCCCUGUUCAUGGGCCAGUGCUGGCAGUCCUGGGAAGUGAGGGCUGGACCUCUGAUCUCCCUUCAAGGCCUCAGUUUCUCUGGCUUCUCCAGGGUUCCUCAAUGUGGCUUCUACUGGCAACCCCGUGAGCAUCUUCUCAGAGUCAGGCACUGUGCCACGCUUGAGGAAUACCAUGUCAAGGAAGGUCUGGUCUGGCCUGUGCCACUUACCCUCUCUGGGCCUCAGUUUCCUCUUCUGUAAAGGGGGGGGUGAGUGAGUGGGAGGGAAGGGGGAUGAGAGGGGAGAGGGAGGAUGUUGGAGGGUAGAGGGUGGUAAAUGGGCUCUGGGGUCACCUCCCACUGACAGUCACUCUGACAGCCUUGGCUUUGCAAACCUGGCCAUCUCUUCUCCCCAUUCUGGUCUCAUCCUUCCUGCCCCUGCCCACUUCCCAUCUUUACAGUUCAGGAAGAGACAGAGCACCUGGGAAGGGUGCCUCCUCCAUUCUCCCACCUCCAGGGCAAGCCCCACUCUUCCUAGAACAGAGCAAUGUUCAUCUCUUCCCACUGUCACUGAACAUAGAGACUCCUUCACCUAAAUGCCAGGUCUAAACUAGGUCUAAACUAAGCCUCUUAGGAAGCAGUUCAAAUAAUAAUUCAAAACCUAAAACAAAAUAAUCCUUCUUUAUCUCCCAUUUCGUGUUAGUUUCCUGUGCCAAACACUUUAUGUACAUUACCUAUCAUCACAAUAACCCUUUGGGUGAUGUGAUCAACCUGAAUUCAAUUUGCAGAGGAGAAAACUGAAGUUGAAGGAGGUUAAACAACUGGGCUAGGAUCACCCAACCCAGAAAUGACGUCACAUGGACGGCCCCCUCUCCUAAUCCAUUUUUCUUUUGGUUUUGCCCUCUGAGGGGGUGAAAAACAGGUCUCCAGUGACCUUCUGGAUCCUGGAAGCGCCCUUCAGCUCAAACCCUUCGCAUUCAGGAACUCCUGGCUUCCGCCAACCCCUACUUCAGCAGGGUUUGCAGCGAGGACUAUGGCUCAGAGCAAAUAACUGAAUUCUAAAUGCGUGGUCACAGUCACCUCGCCAAUCCCAGGGACCCUGCACCCAGCUCUCCAGGAAAGGCUGGCAGAACCCGCGCUGUCCCCCGGAGCCUCCCCAGAGCUGGCCGCGCAGGAUGGGCGCCCUCAGGCCCACGCUGCUGCCGCCGUCGCUGCCGCUGCUGCUGCUGCUAAUGCUAGGAAUGGGAUGCUGGGCCCGGGAGGUGCUGGUCCCCGAGGGGCCCUUGUACCGCGUGGCUGGCACAGCUGUCUCCAUCUCCUGCAAUGUGACCGGCUAUGAGGGUCCUGCCCAGCAGAACUUCGAGUGGUUCCUGUAUAGGCCCGAGGCCCCAGAUACUGCACUGGGCAUUGUCAGUACCAAGGAUACCCAGUUCUCCUAUGCUGUCUUCAAGUCCCGAGUGGUGGCGGGUGAGGUGCAGGUGCAGCGCCUACAAGGUGAUGCCGUGGUGCUCAAGAUUGCCCGCCUGCAGGCCCAGGAUGCCGGCAUUUAUGAGUGCCACACCCCCUCCACUGAUACCCGCUACCUGGGCAGCUACAGCGGCAAGGUGGAGCUGAGAGUUCUUCCAGAUGUCCUCCAGGUGUCUGCUGCCCCCCCAGGGCCCCGAGGCCGCCAGGCCCCAACCUCACCCCCACGCAUGACGGUGCAUGAGGGGCAGGAGCUGGCACUGGGCUGCCUGGCGAGGACAAGCACACAGAAGCACACACACCUGGCAGUGUCCUUUGGGCGAUCUGUGCCCGAGGCACCAGUUGGGCGGUCAACUCUGCAGGAAGUGGUGGGAAUCCGGUCAGACUUGGCCGUGGAGGCUGGAGCUCCCUAUGCUGAGCGAUUGGCUGCAGGGGAGCUUCGUCUGGGCAAGGAAGGGACCGAUCGGUACCGCAUGGUAGUAGGGGGUGCACAGGCAGGGGACGCAGGCACCUACCACUGCACUGCCGCUGAGUGGAUUCAGGAUCCUGAUGGCAGCUGGGCCCAGAUUGCAGAGAAAAGGGCCGUCCUGGCCCACGUGGAUGUGCAGACGCUGUCCAGCCAGCUGGCAGUGACAGUGGGGCCUGGUGAACGUCGGAUCGGCCCAGGGGAGCCCUUGGAACUGCUGUGCAAUGUGUCAGGGGCACUUCCCCCAGCAGGCCGUCAUGCUGCAUACUCUGUAGGUUGGGAGAUGGCACCUGCGGGGGCACCUGGGCCCGGCCGCCUGGUAGCCCAGCUGGACACAGAGGGUGUGGGCAGCCUGGGCCCUGGCUAUGAGGGCCGACACAUUGCCAUGGAGAAGGUGGCAUCCAGAACAUACCGGCUACGGCUAGAGGCUGCCAGGCCUGGUGAUGCGGGCACCUACCGCUGCCUCGCCAAAGCCUAUGUUCGAGGGUCUGGGACCCGGCUUCGUGAAGCAGCCAGUGCCCGUUCCCGGCCUCUCCCUGUACACGUGCGGGAGGAAGGUGUGGUGCUGGAGGCUGUGGCAUGGCUAGCAGGAGGCACAGUGUACCGCGGGGAGACUGCCUCCCUGCUGUGCAACAUCUCUGUGCGGGGUGGCCCCCCAGGACUGCGGCUGGCCGCCAGCUGGUGGGUGGAGCGACCAGAGGACGGAGAGCUCAGCUCUGUCCCUGCCCAGCUGGUGGGUGGCGUAGGCCAGGAUGGUGUGGCAGAGCUGGGAGUCCGGCCUGGAGGAGGCCCUGUCAGCGUAGAGCUGGUGGGGCCCCGAAGCCAUCGGCUGAGACUACACAGCUUGGGGCCCGAGGAUGAAGGCGUGUACCACUGUGCCCCCAGCGCCUGGGUGCAGCAUGCCGACUACAGCUGGUACCAGGCGGGCAGUGCCCGCUCAGGGCCUGUUACAGUCUACCCCUACAUGCAUGCCCUGGACACCCUAUUUGUGCCUCUGCUGGUGGGUACAGGGGUGGCCCUAGUCACUGGUGCCACUGUCCUUGGUACCAUUACUUGCUGCUUCAUGAAGAGGCUUCGAAAACGGUGAUCCCUUACUCCCCAGGUCUUGCAGGUGUCAACUGUCUUCUGGCCCAGCUCCAAGCCCUCCUCUGGUUGCCUGGACACCCUCUCCCUCUGUCCACUCUUCCUUUAAUUUAUUUGACCUCCCACUACCCAGAAUGGGAGACGUGCCUCCCCUUCCCCACUCCUUCCCUCCCAAGCCCCUCCCUCUGGCCUUCUGUUCUUGAUCUCUUAGGGAUCCUAUAGGGAGGCCAUUUCCUGUCCUGGAAUUAGUUUUUCUAAAAUGUGAAUAAACUUGUUUUAUAAAAA